UUUUACCCAAAUUUGACGUAACAGUAAAUGUAUCUGAAGAAGUGAGUAUUGGCCAGGAAGAAGUUGAUAUUAAAUGAUGUGCAAAGUACACAUUUGGACAGCCUGUUCCAGGAAGUAUUACAGUUACGAUGUGCCGACUUCUUGAACGCUCUAUUUCCUCUGCUAAGAAACACAAGACAGAGGCUCCCUGCCACACAGAGACCAAACGGGCUGAUGGAACAGGCUGUGCAGCUGUUACGUUCAAGAUGUCAACCUUCACCAAAAUUAACAAAAAAUUCCUUAAAGAUCAGCUGAAUGUCAUUGCCAAAAUGGAAGAGGAGGGAACAGGCAUUUCACACAAACAAGAAAUGAAAAUAAGAAUUUCUUUUGUCCUUGGAAAAGCAUCUUUUGUUGAUGUUCCCAAGAUUUGGGAACCAGGAUCAAAUGUGGAGGGAAAAGUUAAAGCAGUUUACUACAAUGAUACACCCAUUUCCAAAGCACCUGUGUACCUGUUUGUGGGAGAACGUUGGUCAGAACGCUUACUAAAAAAUCUAACAACUGACAGCAACGGUGUCGCUGAGUUUUCAUUCAGCACAGAUAACUUUCAUGAGGAUAUUAAACUCCAUGCAGCCCUGACACCAACCCUAUACUUCCAAAGCCAUAGAACUCCUUUUUAUGAUUUAGGAUUUCACACAGUGUAUACAUCCCAACCUCCUUCUCAAGAUGAAAAAACAUUCAGCUCGCUGAAGCUGAAGAUGAAGGAUAAACCCCUUUCCUGCGAUGCAGAAGAGGAUAUAUCUAUUCAGUACACUAUAGUGAGGGAAACUGCAGUUUACAUGGAUGUGGUAUAUCUGGUGUUGUCCAGAGGAGCCAUUGUCAUGCAAGGAUUUAAACAGAUUAAAUUUAAAGAUCAGUCAGUGAAUGAGGGUGAGGUGUCCUUUAAAUUGAGAAUUUCUACUGACAUGGCACCAGUCGUCCAGAUUGUAGCAUAUGCUGUACUUUCCAGUACGAAUGUGAUUGCCCACAGCGCUGACUUCUCUACUGAGAAAUGCUUCAGUCACAAGGUGUCAUUGGAGUUCACACCUUCCUCAACUGUCCCAGGAGAAAAAACCAACAUGGAGGUGACGGCUCUUCCACACUCUUUGUGUGGUUUAAGUGCCAUUGACAAGAGUGUCCUCAUCAAAGAGCCUGAGAAUAUUCUGGAUGCAGAUAAGAUAUUUAAUUUGCUGCCUGUCAUGAAAGCAUCUUUUUUCUCAUAUCGGCUACGAGAACCAAGAAAAUGCUUGAAAGUGAGAACAAGAAGAUAUAGUUCACCUAAAGGAGAUAAUGAAGCCUACAUUGCUUUUGAGAGAGUAGGAUUAAAGGUGGCAACAAACCUGCUGCUCGAAAUUCCUUCAUGUCUGAGUUUCAUGGGAAGAGAAUACGAGUUCAUGCCCUUUGCGGGUUCAAGUUACUCUGGAGGAUCUUUAGGUCCAUCAGAAGGACCGAUGAAAACUGUCCGUGCUUUCUUCCCCGAGACUUGGAUUUGGGACCUGGUGGAAGUUGGAGAGUCUGGAUCAAAGGAUGUGUCCCUCACUGUCCCUGACACCAUCACGACCUGGGAGACGGAGGCUUUCUGCUUGUCCUCUCAGGGUUUUGGUUUGGCUCCUCGUCAAGAAGUUGAGGUCUUCCAGCCGUUCUUCCUCGAGCUCACCAUGCCCUACUCCAUCAUCCGCGGGGAGCACUUUGAACUGAAGGCAACUGUCUUCAGCUACCUGACCAGCUGCAUCAUGGUCACAGUCUUUUCUACGCCUUCCUCAGAUUAUACCCUCACCCCUCUUUCCGGUGAGCAGUACACAUCCUGUUUGUGUGCUAAGGAGCGCAAGACUGUGAGCUGGACCAUGAUUCCAACAGUUUUAGGGGCUGUGAAUGUGACUGUGUCUGCUGAGGCAGUGCCAUCCCAUGUUUCAUGUGAUAAUGAGGUUGUGAGAGUACCAGAGAGAGGCCGCAUUGAUGUGGUCACAAAAUCCUUCAUAGUAAAGGCUGAGGGGACUGAGAUGACAAAGACAUCCAACUGGCUGCUUUGUCCAAAAGGAGACACACUGACAGAGGAAACUGAGAUACAGCUGCCUGAGAAUAUGAUUGAAGGAUCUGCCCGCACUUUUGUAUCAGUCCUGGGUGACAUCCUCGGCCGGGCUCUGAAGAACUUGGAUGGACUGCUCCGGAUGCCAUAUGGAUGUGGAGAGCAGAACAUGGCUCUUCUAGCCCCCAACAUCUACAUCCUCCAGUACCUGAAAGGCACACAGCAGCUCACCCCAGCCAUCAUGGAAAAAGCUGCGAACUUCCUGACCAGUGGUUACCAAAGACAGCUGAACUACAAAAGUGAUGAAAGCGCAUACACCACAUUUGGAAGAGGACCAGGAAACACUUGGCUGACUGCCUUUGUGAUGAGAAGUUUUGCCAAAGCUCAGUCUUUUGUCUACAUUGAUCCAAAAAUCAUUCAAGAAUCUAAGACAUGGCUGGAAAAUAAACAACAAACAAAUGGCUGUUUUAAAAAGUCAGGCAAACUCUUCAACAACAGAAUGAAGGGUGGUGUGUCUGAUGAAGUGACUCUCAGUGCAUACAUCACUGCUGCUUUCUUGGAAAUGAAUAUAUCCCAACAUGAUCCUGUGGUGAAUAAUAGCUUGGCUUGUCUCAGGGAGUCCAUCAAUGACCUCAGCAACACCUACACUACAGCUCUGCUGGCCUAUGUCUUCACCCUGGCAGGAGACACGGAGACCCGCGCUCACCUUUUGCAGCACUUAGACACAGUUGCAGUGAGGGAAGGAGGUUUCCUGUACUGGUCUCAGACAGCAGCAGAAACAUCAGCCUCCCUGUCAGUGGAAAUCAGUUCUUAUGUGCUGUUGGCCAAACUCAGUGCCUCCACAACUGCUGACGACCUGGGUUAUGCCUCUGGCAUUAUUAGGUGGCUGACUGGCCAGCAGAACUACUAUGGAGGCUUCUCCUCCACUCAGGACACAGUGGUGGCUCUUCAGGCUCUGGCUCUCUACUCCACUCUGGUGUUCAGUCCUGAGGGUUCAAGCACAGUGACAGUUCAGUCUGACAGCAGUCAGCUGACAUUUGAUGUAAAUCCGGGCAACAAACUGCUCUACCAGGAGGAGACGAUGCAGGGCGUGUCAGGAAGAUACAGCCUGGAGGUGAAGGGCACUGCAUGUGUGUCAGUGCAGAUUUCUGUUCACUACAACAUCCUGAGUCCCACUGAUGUCACUACUCUCAGCGUGGAGGUCAAAUCAGAGGUUGAUGCAACAAGUGAAUCCAGACGCAAGCUCACUCUGACAAUAAAAUCCCUGUACAGUGGAAAGGAGAAUACUACCAACAUGGUGAUCCUGGAUAUCAAAAUGCUCUCUGGAUUUGUCCCAAAUGCAGUGUCUUUAAAGAUGCUCGAAGGUGCCCCAUUGGUGGAUCGUGUUGAACAAACAGAAGAUCAUGUUCUGGUGUAUUUACAGGAGUUGCCAAAGGACAUGCCCAUGAACUACAGCUUGACAGUCAUAGAAAAACUUCGAGUGGAGAACCUGAAACCAGCCAUGAUCAAAAUCUAUGACUACUACCAGCCAAGUGACCAGGCUGAGACUGAAUACAUUUACCCAUCAGCUGCAGCUUAAAGAUGUGCAGUCAGUCCUGAGGUUGUCACUCAAGUUAUACAACUUGCAUUUUAAUAAAGAUGUUUUUUAAACACAAA